UGUUGACAGCAUCCUAAAACCAGAUGAGAUGAUAAGAGUCCGAGGAUCAUUUCUGGGACCUAUAAUGAAGCUCAGUGAGAGAGGAUUGAAGUUAUCAGCAAAGAUGGUCUACGCCAUUCUCACUAGAAGCAUCGUUUCUGUCAAGGAGAAUGAAGCCUGGUUCCAUUUCGGUGCGCAGCCACUGAGGUUCUCUAUAAGAGAAUUUCAUAUGAUGACAGGCUUGAAAUGUAGUGGUGCAUUAGAAGGACCACGAAGGGAAACAGAUAGAUUUAAUUGGGAAUUGCUAAAGGGGCGUAGUCAUAAGUUAAGUGACGUGGUGGAACAGCUCAGAAACACAAGAGAAGAUGCUUCUGAGGAGAGAGUAUGCCUCGCAAUGCUCAUCCUGGUAGAGAGCAUAUUAUUGCGGAAGAGCAAAGGAGGGAGUUUUCCUUUGGAAUAUGCGAAAAAUGCACAGGAUAUGACAUAUCCAUGGGGGAAAGAGGCUUACAUUGUGCUCCUGAAGUCAAUUCAAAACGCUGUCGCGAAUCAUUUGGAGAAUAAAUCCAAAUUUGAGUUGCAAGGUUAUCCUCUAGUAUUCCUUCUUUGGAUACUAGAGUCGAUUCCUUUGCUAAGGAAUAAGUUCAGUAAGUGUGUACCAACAGUUGAGGUUCCUGGGCCGACUUACUUGUGUGAAAAAUACACUGACGUAGAGAAUCCAUCACUUGAUAGGGUUUUACAGGUUGAAGCUGAUACAAAGCUGAAGGUCCAUUGCAUACUACCUUCUAUUCCUCAUGAUCCAGAAGAUGAUAUCUCCAUUGAAGACAAAUAUAGUGACGAGCUGGAAACACUGAAAGAUGUAACAAAGAAAGGGUACAAGCUUACAGCCGAUGACUGGGAAAAUAGGUGUGUAGACACAUUUGAAACAUUGGAUGCUCUUAUUCAAAUGAUGGCAAAUAAGGAGACUGGCCAAGCUUCUACUCCGAUUGAUGAGGAUUCAGUAAAUGAAAAAGUGAACAGGAUCAUUGAGGUAAUGGAGGAGAAUCUGAAGAGCAUGAAGGAUCGAAUGUCAUUACUGGAAGAAGAAAACAUGCAUCUUAGAGCCCGUGUGUCAGAGUUGGAAGGAAACAACAAUGUUUUUCCCACUAACGUGACACAACAGCGAUCCAGUGGGACACCUUUAUCUCCAAUGUCUCACACGCAACCAUCGAGUGAGACGCCUUUAUCUCCAAUGUCUCAACAGCCUAAUUUGACACAUGAGGAGACAAUGAAUGAAUCAGAUGAUGACACUCCUGCCCUUGAUACUCAAGUAUUCUCUCCUAAUCUGACAAAAGAGAAAGAAACAAGUGAGUCACCUGCUGAGAGGCCAUCCAAUCCUAAUCAAGAUGGAAAACCAGAUGAUGAGAUUGUGAGAGAGAAAUUAACAAGGGAGUCACCUGCUGCUCAGAGUCAAGUUUCGCAGAAAGAAACAGUGGAAAUGAAUGAGACACCUUCUUCUCCAAUAGCUCCAAAGAGUAUUGAAACUCCCGUUUAUACUCCAAGUCAGACUCAGCAGAUUGAGAGAGAGCCAUCGGAUGACACGCCUGCCCUUGAUAGUCAAAUUUUCACUCCUAAUCUGACAAAAGAGGUAUAUGCUCAAUGACAGUUGGAGUUUACAAUUAGUUUUGGGUGAUUUACAUAUAUAGACCUUUCUAAUUUUUGGCAGAGGGAAACACAAACCUCUACUGAUGAGACGCCACCCAAAACUAAUCAAGAAGAAGGAAAAACAAAUGAUGAGGUAAUAUUUACUCUAGAAAUUAUAAUUGAAUGUAUUCAUGAUGGCCUUUCCUGAUAUUUUUUGCAGAUUGUGAUUGAGUCACCUGCUGCUCAGACUCAAGUUUCGCAAAAAGAAACACUGGAAAUGAAUGAGACACCUUCUUCUCCAAUAUCUCCAAAGAGUAUUGAGGCUCAAGUUUUUACUCCAAUUCAGAAACAGCAGGUAAAUGCUCAAAAAAUCUUGGAGAUUUCAAGUAAUGUUUGGAAGCUUUUGUACGUGUUUUUGAUCCCCUUCCUGACUUUUUUUGUUUUUUUUGCAGACGGUAACAGAGGGAACGUAUGAGGCUACACAACCAUUGACUGAGAUCAUUUCAGCAAACAAUAAAAAGGUAAGCAUAGAAAUGUCUUUCAUAAGUACAACUUGAAUUUUAAAUUGUAGAAACUUCUUCAUAACUACCUCUUUUAUUUUAUUGUUAUUACAGGAGGAUACACAUGCUGUGCAUCACACACCUUCCUCUCCAUUGUCUUCACUAAUUGCACUAGUUAUUGAAGAAAAUAAGAAUGCUUUGGUAAGAAGAAAUAUUUAAAAUGUUUAUGUAAUAUUUUUCUAUUCAACUAACUCUUACCAUUUACUUUUGUCUUAUAGAGUGAGACAGAAACUGCGACCCAAUAUUUUUCUCCAAGUGAGGGAGAGGAGACACAAUCAAGCAGAAAGAAUCAAGCAGAAGAAAAUCUCAAGGAUACUACAAAACAUACAACUGAGCUAGUUUCCACAGAUGUUU